AUGGGUUGGAGUAGUGAUAAUCUCUUUGGUGGAUAUGGUGGAUAUGGUGGAUAUGGAGGAUAUGGUGGAUAUGGAGGAUAUGGUGGAUAUGGAGGAUAUGGUGGAUAUGGUGGAGGAUAUGGAGGAUAUGGUGGAGGAUAUGGAGGAUAUGGUGGAGGAUAUGGUUAUGGAGGCUUUGGUGGAUUUCCAUAUGGUGGAGGUUAUGGAUAUGGAUGGUAA